AUGAGGUUUUCCUUGAAUUAUCUACUUCUUUUUGCCUUGAUUUUCUCUGUAAGUGGGGCUGAAGAUGAGGAAGUCACUAUAGAGGUUGUAGAAAAGCCAACAGACUGCGAACGUAAAUCAAAAGACGGAGAUCUCUUAGCCAUGCAUUAUACAGGCCGUUUGGAAAAAGAUGGCUCGAUUUUUGACUCCAGUCAUAAUCGCGGGCAGACGUUUGAUUUUACUCUUGGUAGAGGUCAGGUAAUUCAAGGCUGGGAACAAGGUCUUAAGGACAUGUGCGUUGGAGAGAAAAGGAAGCUUAGGGUUCCUGCGCAUCUUGGUAAGUUAGUAGUCGACUUUGUUCGAACGAUCGAUCGAAACGUGAGUCGUGUAAAGGAAUGUGUGACGUUCAGAAAGCUAGAAUGUUUCGUCUAUGGUACGCACAUUUCAUUUGUCUGUACGACCAGCUUACAAUUGAGCGUAACUCUAAAGCUAAAUCAUUUCUGUGAAGACUCGAGAGACUGAAUAGAAGCAAUGUUAAGGAAAUUUUUCUUUGUGCUGUAGCUUGAAAAGAACAGGUCACAUAAAGGCCCUUUGUUAGCUGUAAGCUUAUCUUCGAUUACCGUUUACCGUUAUGGCCAGCUUUCUGUUUAGUCCCUAGAAUAAAAAAAAUAUUCAUUCGAAAAUAAUAUAAUAAGUUGUCAUAAGAAACAGAGCUGUUUUGUCAAACUAUAAAAUAAGAUAAAUCCCCCACCCCCUCCCCACCCCUUUUUCAUCACUGUAUCACUCCUCUUAUAUACAGUCAACCUAAUCAGCGGUCACCCUCUAUUAAAGAUUGACUUACAAAAGUCUAGCCUGCAUAGCACAGGGAGAGAAGCAAUGACUGCAGCGCUGUAGCUAGUAUGAGGCCAACCGAGGCACUCGCCUCGGUAAAAUUUUGACCAAUUUCGCCGAUCGUUUUUAUUUUACAUAAGUGAUCGUCGGAUAUUUUUAACGCAUCAUGAUAUUACAAAGAAUUCAGCAAUUCAGUCAAUAUACUAUGAAAAAAUUACCAUAUCAUCGAUCUCAAGGGGCUACGUACGUUAACUCAAAUUUUUUUUGAACAAAUACUGAUCAAAACCAUUGGCGAGGUUAACGGUCACCCAGAUUAUGUAGCUUGUUUCUGAUUAUUGCUUUUUAAAUUCCACUUAAAUUAACUCGAAAAAAAGUUACCGAAAGGCCCAGAAAACGCUGCAAAUCGCAUUUCCGAGAGACUAAAGUUCAAAAUUUCUUGGGGGGGGGGGCAUGCCCCCAAACCCCCCUAGCAACUCCCGCCUGCCUCGGUUGGCCGUUUGGUCUGGCUAGGGCACUGGACUGGAAAUACGUCUGUGCUUCGCAGGCUAACAAAAGUCUGGUGUAGACUCGACUCUAUUAAACAGUCACUGUCAAGAUGUACCAGGUCUAUGGGAUGGCUAUGCCCCUGACAGAGAUAGCCCCUCUCUGCAGAUGUUCUUUUGGCUCGUCAUGCAGGAACAAGUGACCAACCCUUAAGAACAUAUGCAUGGGAGGCUGAGACAGGGACUGUUAGGUGGCAUUUUUACAUAUGGAAACAUUUUAUGCUCUGUAACUUAAAGUAAAUAUUUCUGACUUUCAUGUUGUAUGUAUUAUGUUUGUCAGGUUACGGCGAUCAAGGAGCUGGCAGUGUGAUCCCACCAGGGGCAAAUCUUUUGUUUGAUGUCGAACUGAUAGAAAUUAAAGAGGGUGAUAGCGAAGAAGAAGGGGAUCAGGGAGGGUCCCCCCCAGAUGUGUUUGGGAUGAUCGACAAGGACAAAAACAAGGAGCUAAGCAUUGAGGAAGUCAAAGAUUACCUGAAAGAACAACAAGGAUUCCCAAAUGAUGAUGAAUCCAACCAUGAAACUAUUUUAUCCGAAAUUUUUGAACAUGAAGACAAGGAUAAAGAUGGAGUUAUUUCAUAUGAAGAGUUCACUGGACCAAAACAUGAGGAACUUUAGAUUCUUAUUUAUAAGAAAUAAUAGCAAAAUUUAGCUGUUUUUAGUGUUGCAUUUUUCUUGAAAAUGGAGGAAUGUCUAUAUCUUCCCAGGCAAAGAUAGUCAAUGUUUGUUAUAAAAUAAUAAAAUUUCAGACAUGACAUCAUU